AUGGAUAUCUGGAAUCGUGCAUCUUCUGGUGGUGCUUCUUCCAUUAACAAGGCACCGUUGGCUUUUUCAAAGACGGUGAUGGAGAAGGCUCAUUUUGAACAACAAGGGAGAGUUCGUGUUGAUGAGAAAAAUUUAGAUGUAGACCGUGGAGAAGUUUACUUUUUGAUUCUGCGUUUUCUAUCUUCUGGGCCAUUCCAUAGGACUUCUAGACAAUUCCGGGAUGAAGUUUUAGAACAUGAGCUUCUACCAAGAAGAUAUCAUGCUUGGUUUUCAAGAAGUGGUGCACAUAGCUGGAAUGAUAAUGAUGAUGGUGUCUCUCUUCCUUUAAGUUAUGAUAAAUUGGCAGAAAGGUAUCGUCAUAUUGAGAAGGAUCAUUUGGUAAAGCUUCUGAAACAAUUGCUGCUGAACACAGAUUCUAUGCUUGGCGAGGCUGGAGGGAAUACCCUAAAUGCAGCUCAUGUUCCCACAAUACUGGGAUCUGGUGAGAGGAGUAUGCAUAAGCAAGCUAAGCCCCUGCCAACGAACCUGCGUUGGCCUCACAUGCAGAUUGAUCAGGUGCAUGGGCUGAGUUUAAGGGAAAUUGGAGGAGGUUCUGCAAAGCACCAUCAUGCUCCAUCCAUUUGCUAUGCUUGUUAUGCCAUUGCUAAGCCAUUGACAAUGGUGCAAAAGAUGCAAAAUACAAAGAAGUUAAGGGGACACCGCCCUGCUGUCCAUUGUGUAGAACUAUUGCCUGUAUCCCUAGCAAUAUUUGAUCCCUCAGGGAGGUAUGUUAUUACUGGUUCAGAUGAUCGUCUUGUCAAGAUUUGGUCAAUGGAGACUGCAUUUUGCCUGGCCAGCUGCAGAGGACCCGAAGGUGACAUUACUGACUUGGCUGUAAGUUCAAACAAUGCUUUAGUGGCAUCCGCUUCCAAUGAUUUUGUCAUUCGAGUGUGGCGCUUGCCAGAUGGGGUGCCCAUUUCAGUCUUGCAGGGCCACACUGGAGCUGUUACUGCCAUUGCAUUUAGUCCCAGGCUGGGCUCUGUGCAUCACCUUUUAUCUUCUUCAAUGAGAUGUUCUGAUAUGGAGAUGUUUUAUUCUAUUGCCUCCUGGCUGGAGCCACGUGUUUAUUUAUCUGACUUGGCAUUGUUAGAUAAUCUGCCAAUAUGCCUAUUUGUAGGUCAUCAGAUGAUGGAACUUGUCGAAUUUGGGAUGCUAGAUGUUCCCAAUGUAGUCCAUGAAUUUAUUGUGCCAAAGCCUUCAGAUGCUCUUACUGGGAAGAGCGUGCUUCUAGUAAUGGACCUUCCUCAAGUAAUGGUCCACAGAGCAAUCAGAUAUUGUGUUGUGCUUACAAUGCCAAUGGAACUGUUUUUGUCACUAGAAGCUCUGAUACUUAUGCUAGAAAAAUACUUCCAGGUUUGGAAUGCCUGUAAAUCUAACACAGAUGUGUCAGAGCAACCUAUACAUGAGAUGGAUGUAUUAUCUGGCCAUGAGAAUGAUGUCAAUUGUGUUCAAUUCAGAUCUUCAAUGUCUGACACUUUGAAGGAGGAUAGUGGUCUCUCAAUAGAUUCGUUUCCACUUUCAGUCAUUUAUUGUCAAUGGUCCAUAUCUAGAGUUAGUUUGAUUUUAAGGUUCUGUCAUGAGAAAAUAGUUACCUGCUCACAUGAUGGCAAUGCAAUCAUAUGGAGAUCUAUAUCACGGAGAUCGCAUCCUUACGUUUUAGAUGUUCAUCCUUUCAACCCUCGGAUAGCUAUGAGUGCUGGGUAUGAUGGUCGAACGAUAGGGUGGGAUAUGUGGGAGGGCAUUCCAAUUCACAUAUAUGAAAUUGGCCGUGUCAAGUUGGUUGAUGGGAAGUUUUCUCCGGAUGGGACAUCAAUUGUGCUUUCUGAUGAUGUUGGCCAAAUACACUUGCUAAACACAGGCCAGGGUGAGUCUCAAAAGUAUGCCAAAUAUGACCAGGAUGGUUGUUUUGGUUAUAUUAUAUUUCUCAUGCAGUUCUUCCUUGGGGAUUAUCGACCCCUUAUCCGUGAUGUUGCAGGAAACAUUCUUGAUCAGUAUGAGAUCGUUUCUGGUGCAGGAGACACAACUCGCUCCACAUUGAAGGAACAUCGAAGAUCCUCUGUGUGA